AUGGAUGAGGUCAUCGAAUGCCAAGAUGGAGGGCCUGUAUCUACUGUAGGCGGAAUCUCGAACAAAACAGUUGUGGGUAAAUCGUCUAGGAAGCCCUUGGGUGAUGUUACAAAUGUAUCAAGCCCUUAUCGGAUUCCUGCUGCUUUGCAGAAGGAAAAUGUUACACCCAGUAUUGAAAAAACAGUAAACAAAAAUGUUACCAGUAAGAGAGGUUUGGCUGCUGCAUGCAAUGAAUGUGUUGCAAGAUCACCUAUUUCUUACAAUUUCUCUAGCCAGGCCAAAGUUCAUCUUCCAACCAGUGGAUUGUUUUCACCUGAAAGCACAAUUCCCAGUAGUCAGUUUACCCCUCUCCAGAGGAAAGGCUCGCUUCGUGUUGACCAUCCAGCGGGUGUCCAAGAGAGGAGGAGGAAGGCAGGGAUUGCUUACCCUGAUUGUGAAUCUCAACAUAUACCUAAAGGAGUAACCAAGAAGGCAAGACGUGCACGACCCGAGGUUGUUGAUUCUAUUACCAAGAGUUUUUUAUUUGAAGAGACAAAUCCAGUUAAUAAAAUGGUUAUUCCAACACACCUUGAUGAUGGAGAAUCUUCAUUUAUUGGUGAUGAGGAGUUAUACGAUGACUUCCUUGAAGUUGAUGAUUACGAGGAACAUGCUGAGGAGUUCAAUUCCCGAUAUGAGAAGAACCUUAAACCAGUUCCAAAAGGUUACGGUUUCAUUGGUCCUCCAACUGGUAGAUGUGUUAAAUGCCAGUCAAUUAUGUGGGUUGAAGAACGAUGUAACAAAGGUGUGAAGAAAGGAUUGUUCAAAUAUAAUAUAUGCUGUGGUAAUGGUAAAAUAAAGCUUCCACCAGCUCCAAGGACUCCGUCAUACCUAUGGCAACUUUAUAAUGACCCUUUGAAAGGUCCGCACUUUCACCGUAACACGCGAGUGUACAAUUCUAUGUUUGCCUUCACAUCAACUGGUGGGAAUGUCGACUCAUCUAUAAACAAAGGAGGAUCACCUUAUGUAUAUAAGCUGAAUGGGCAGAAUCAUCACCUCUUUGGGACCUUGAUUCCAGAUGAAGGGAAAGAUCCAAAAUUCUGUCAGUUGUAUAUAUACGACACAGCCAACGAAGUUCAGAAUAGACUUAGGUGGGUUGAGGUGGAUAGGUCUGAUGAGAUAGAUGAGGAGAUUGUUAGCGGUCUGAUUGUAAUGUUGGAUGAAAAGAAUGAGCUUGUGAAAAAAUUUAGGAGCGCUAGGGAUAGGUUUGAAAACAAUGAAGUUGUGGAAUUGGAUAUUUUUUUGAAAGUUUCCCGCGCAACUGAUGGGAGGGAGAAUCGCGUUGGUCCUUCGAACGAAGUUGCUGGAAUUCUGGUUGGAGAUCAGGAGGAGACUGAUGAAAGUCGCGAUGUAAUUGUUGAAGACAUCAAAACAGGGCUGCAGCGUAUUACCAACAUUCACCCCAAAUUGAUGGCUUUGCAGUACCCUCUACUUUUCCCUGGCGGUGAAGAUGGUUUUCACCUAGGUCUAAAAUAUGAGUCAACUGAAGAACAACGUGGUAAGACGAGAGAGAGCAUCACACUGAAGGACUACUACGCAUACAGACUACAAGUCCGGCACAAUGAAGGUAUGACUCCGAGACUUGGAGGACGAUUAUUUCAACAGUAUAUUGUAGAUGCGUUCUCAACAAUAGAGCAGGCACGACUGUGGUGGUACAGAACCCACCAGACAACACUCAGGAGUGAACUCUACAGCCACAUAUGUGAUUCUGUACGAUCUGGUGAUUCAGACAAAUCCAACCUUGGUAAAAGUUUCAUUCUACCAGCUGGCUAUGUGGGUUCAAAGCGCUAUAUGCAACAAAAUUUUCAGGAUGCUCUUGCUGUUUGUCGUCAUAUUGGCCAUCCUGAUAUUUUCUUAACAAUGACCUCUAAUCCUAUGUGGCCAGAAGUUAUUGAGAUGAUGAAGCUGAUUCCUUUUGGUACACCUGUUGACAAUCCUGAUAUAAUAGCUCGGGUUUUUAAGCUUAAACUCACUCAACUUCUGAAUGAUAUCCGCCAGGAAGGUUUUUUUGGGAAAUGCAUUGGAGUUAUGUAUGUUGUUGAAUUCCAGAAGCGCGGCUUACCUCAUGUGCAUAUGCUCAUAUGGCUGGAUAAUGAUUCCAAAACCAAACUGAAACGGAAUGUUGACAAAUUCGUCUCGGCUGAAAUCCCCGAUCCAGAAACAGAUCCAACUGGUUAUGAAGCAGUCAAACAGUUUAUGAUACAUGGACCAUGUGGCCCUGAAUUCCCAAAAUCACCCUGCAUGGUUAAUCACAAGUGUUCCAGGCAUUUCCCCAAAAAGUAUGCAAGCAGCACAAGUUUUGAUGAAUCUGGAUUCCCAGUCUACAAGAGGAGGAACACUGGUAUCACAGUAAAAGUUAGAAAUGCCGAGCUUGAUAACCAGUAUGUUGUCCCCUACAAUAGAGAUUUGUUGGUUAAGUACCAAUGUCAUAUUAAUAUCGAGAUAUGUUGCCAUGCUCGCAGCAUCAAGUAUUUGUUUAAAUACUGCUUGAAAGGUCCUGAUAGGGCAACUGUUGAAGUACGUGGUUCCCGACCAAUGCCAAAGAGUCAACCUGAAGAUCCUGUAGACGAGAUUCAACAAUAUUUUGAUGGGCGUUAUAUUUGCGGUGCUGAGUCUGCUUAUCGCACCUUUGGUUUUGACAUUCAUCAUAGGUCAAUCUCUGUGGAGCGACUUCCUUUCCACCUUCCUGGCAAACGACCAUGUACUUUCCGAUCUGAUGAACCUUUGAAGAAGAUUGCCAAUAGAGAAAAAAAUCGCAGAAGCAAACUGGAGGCUUUUUUCCACCUUAAUUCUAUUGACAACUGUGCUCAACAGUAUACAUACGAUGAGAUUCCAAAGCACUAUGUUUGGAAUGAUAAAUUGUGUAUGUGGACUCCUCGGAAGAAAGGUUUUCAAAUUGGGCGCCUGACAUACUGCCACCAUAGUAGCGGCGAUGUAUGGUAUCUGCGUAUGCUGCUUUCUAGGAUAAAAGGCCCUGUAUCAUUUGAGUCUUUGAGGACUAUAGAUGGGAAAGUAUACAAUUCAUUUCAGGAAGCAGCGAAUCAUUAUGGUUUUCUCAACGAUGACAACGAAUGGCAUGAGGUAAUUGCAGAGUGUGCCAAAUGUGGAUUUGCAUCACAGAUAAGGCAGCUAUUUGUGCACAUCAUUGUCAAUUGCCAAGUAAAUGAUGUUUUCAAAUUAUGGUCCUCGCAUAUUGAAUCCUUGACUGAUGAUAUAUUACACAAUCGUCGAAAAGCCACUGGCAAUACAGUGUUGACUCUCACUGAGGAAGAAAUUAUGUAUCAUGCUCUUGCAAAUAUUCAUCAGCUGUUAAAGGGUGUUGGGAAGAGUUUGUCUGAUUUUCCAAUGCUACCUCAACCGCCUCCUAUUUUUUUGAACACCGGAACCAAUAAUCUCAUCCUUGAUGAGACGAACUACGACGUUGCUGUGAUGCAGAAUGAAUUUGACAAAUUAUUUGGGAAUAUCAACGAAGAACAAAAGCAUGUUUUCGAAGAGGUAAUGAAAUCAGUAGAAAAGAAACAGGGUGGUGUUUUUUUUGUUUAUGGGAGCGGAGGUUGUGGGAAGACUUUUUUGUGGAGAACAUUGAUACACAAGUUACGUGCUGAUCGUAAGAUUGUAUUGCCUGUAACAUCUUCUGGCAUAGCUGCAACUCUUCUUCCAGGUGGACGUACAGCUCACUCUCGAUUUAAAAUUCCAAUUAUUCUUGACGAUUUUUCAGUUUGCAACAUAUCCCAUGACUCAGAUAUUGCUGCUCUGAUUAGAGAAACCAGCUUAAUUAUAUGGGACGAAGCACCAAUGACUCACCGAUACGCUUUUGAAUGUUUAGAUCGAACACUGCGUGAUCUAAUGAAAUCAGUUCAUCCUGAAAGAUAUCAUCAACCUUUUGGAGGAAUAACAAUUGUUUUUGGUGGUGAUUUCCGACAAGUUCUUCCUGUCAUUCCUUUUGCCUCUCGUGCAGACACUGUCAAUUCUAGCAUCACCCGGUCACGAAUAUGGAGGUUUUGCACAGUUUUCAUCCUAAACCGUAAUAUGCGUUUGGGUCGAUCAGAUGAUGCUGCGCGUGAUGAGGUGUUGAGGCAAUUUGCCAAAUGGGUUCUCUCUAUUGGAGAUGGUUCAUAUUCAAAAGUUGAUUCUGGUAACUCUGAUAUCAGUGAGUUUGAUGUAGAUCUUCCUCCAAGGUACUGCAAUUUAUCUGAUUCCAACUCAUCACAGAAAAUGAUUGAUGCUGUGUUUCCAGACCUUGAGAAAAUGUAUCAUUCUCCAGAGUAUCUUGGCGAAAGAGCAAUCCUUACUCCGACCAACAAAACUGCUUCGUAUAUCAACUCUGUUAUUGUUGAUAAAUUGCCUGGUGAUCCAGUAUCAUAUUACAGUCGAGAUGAUGCGCAGGAUUUUGGUGGUUCAGAGAGUGAAUUUCCUAUGUGUUUCCCAUCUGAGUACUUGCACAAUCUUAAUAUGCCUGGUGUUCCCGCUCAUCAUUUGAUUUUGAAGGAAGGUGCAAUGGUCAUGUUGAUGAGGAAUCUUGAUCAAACUGUCGGACUAUGCAAUGGAACCAGGAUGAUUGUCACAAAAUGCCUAAAACAUUCUGUUCAGUGUGAGGUUAUAUGUGGAUCGUCUGCUGGGCAACGUUUUUUCAUACCAAGGAUUGAAUGUUGUCCCAGUGAUACAAAGCUUCCGUUCAAAUUUAUUCGGAAUCAGCUGCCCCUACAAAUUUGUUAUGCAAUGACAAUCAACAAAUCCCAGGGUCAAUCCCUCUCUUUCGUUGGUUUAUAUCUUCCCAAACCUGUAUUCAGCCAUGGUCAAUUGUACGUGGCCAUCAGUCGUGUUACCUCUCCUGAAGGACUUCAGAUUUUCAUAGAUGACGAUUUCGGCAAGUGCACUACCAGAACUCAAAAUGUUGUUUAUCCGGAAGUUUUUUAUAACUUGACAUGA